AUGGUCACCAAGGUUGGAAUCAACGGCUUCGGUCGUAUUGGCCGUAUCGUCUACCGCAAUGCUGUCGAGCACGAUGACGUCCAGGUUGUUGCCGUCAACGAUCCCUUCAUCGAGCCCAAAUAUGCUGCAUACAUGCUGAAGUACGAUUCCACACACGGUCGCUUCAAGGGCACCAUUGAGGUCGCUGAAGAUGGCCUCACCGUCAACGGCAAGAAGGUCGUAUUCUACUCCAAGAGAGACCCAGCAGAGAUCCCAUGGUCAGAGACUGGCGCAGACUACGUCGUUGAGUCGACCGGUGUCUUCACCACAACCGAGGGCGCGUCCAAGCACUUGAAGGGUGGCGCAAAGAAGAAGACCGUCGACGGCCCCUCAGGCAAGGAUUGGCGUGGUGGACGUACCGCUGCUCAGAACAUCAUCCCAUCGAGCACCGGUGCCGCAAAGGCUGUCGGCAAGGUCAUUCCUUCCCUCAAUGGCAAGCUCACUGGCAUGUCGAUGCGUGUGCCCACCUCAAACGUCUCCGUUGUCGAUCUUACCUGCGUGCUUGAGAAGCCCGCCAGCUACGAUACCAUCAAGAAGGCCAUCAAGGAGGCAUCCGAGGGCGAGCUUAAGGGCAUUCUCGCGUACUCCGAGGACGACCUCGUCUCCACCGAUCUGAUGGGCGACAACCACUCCUCCAUCUUCGAUGCAAAGGCUGGUAUCUCCCUCAACGACAACUUCGUCAAGCUUGUUUCCUGGUACGACAACGAGUGGGGUUACUCACGACGUGUGCUCGAUCUUCUCGCAUACAUCGCCAAGGUUGACGCUGGCAAGUAA